UUUCCAGCAGGAUCGCAAGUGUUGCUCCGACCGAAACUCACAACAGAUCGUCUCAGUGAUAACUUGUUUUGAGUCGACGGCUUGCAAGACUGGCGUUAAAGGAUGAUCUGCCUACUCUCCGCUGAUUUAUAAGGGUUGACAAGAAGAAGACGCUUGAAAAACACAGGCAUGCAGAAGCCACUGUUGGCCCCAAAACCAAAGUUUGUCCAGCCACCGAGGCAGGUAUUGUCUCCUUCAACCCUCAGAAGAGAUGGCCUCCUCCAUCCAUCCCCUGCUACACCAACCAGGGUUAAACCAGCGCUGGCCCCCAAACCAUGCCUCUCCAAACUCACCACGGCCAUGGAAUCCAAACCGCUCUCUUCAAAGAGUCUGCACCAAACAUCCGUAUCUGAGAAAACAGAGAUCCAAAGGACGAUAGGUCUCCUCAACUCUAAAAAUGGAAUGCAACAAGAGAACAAAAAGCCAGAUUGGGAUUACAUCAUUCCUAUCUGCUUGUGUAGCCAGGAAAACUGUCAAUGUGUGGGGAAUACUGCAGACCUAGACAAAAUACAGAAAGACUUGAAAAUAUCACAUAAAGGUAAAAUGGAAGAAUCCAGAAAGACUGUCCCUAGAUCUCCACCUGUCCCUAGAUCUCAAGGUAGUGUGGAUAACACAGAGGAGAAACUGAACAAUGCUAAAUGCCAAAACAUGAACGCCAACUGUCUACAAAAUAUUUGUCCACAGCCUGCAUGCACCAAUACCCACAUCUCUGAUCAUAAACCCGUACAAGAGGUGCCUGUUCCGAUUAAACGGACAGAAAUGGUAAAGAGAAAUCUCAACCCAGACAUAGAAACUUCCAGUCUCACAGUGAGCAUGAGGCCCUCUCUGCCUCACAGAACCUGGAGUGAUGAGGCAAAUGGUAACGUAACAGCUCUGAGCGCUGUUGGACAAGGACCAGCAGAAGAUCAACUUGGCUCCAAGCAUGUGUCUCACAUGCCCCAUCCCAACCCCACCUCAGUCCCAAUAGCCCCACGGAAACCCCUCCCUGCCCCUGUACCACGGAAACCCAGGAAAGCUGCCCUGGUCCGCCAGGAAAAGGUGGAGGAAAACAGCGAAGAGAUUGUGAGUCAAGAAGGGAGGGGAAUUAACGUCAAAGAGGUGAAGAUGUCAUUGGAGGGGAAGAGCAGCUCAUCUCUGUCUGUCAGUGUACCUGUUGCAGCGCAGGAUAUGCCUGUCAGUGAGAAUAGGCAGACACUCUCACUAUAUGCAAGAAAAGCCAGUGCUCCACCUGCCCCUCCACCCAAGAAGAAGCCUCUCCUAUCUGCACCUGCGAGAGCGACACCCACCUCUUCUCCUCAAUCACUCCAACAGGAUGUGGAGGAAGACCUGGGGUGUGAUACUGGCAUCUAUGAGAUGGAGCUCUCAGUUGAUGAUGAUGAGGGUGAUGACGUAGGGAAGGAUGGGGCAGGAAGAGACAAUCGGGAGGUGGUUUACAGCUCCCUCACUAGUCCAUUUAGUCAGCCAGACCUCAGUUGUUACUCAGCCAGUGGCAGGCUGGUGGAAGAUGGGACUGUCAAGCUAGCACCAAAAAAGCCCCAGAGGCACAGCAACCCAGUGGUGUGGAUGCUUAGGAAGGAAGCAUCUGUAGAUAGAGAGGAGGGGGAAUUUGCAGAUGAUGACAAAAUGCAGGCCCGUGCUAUUCCAGAUGGCACUUUGAAGGAGAGGGUUAUGAGGGAGCUGCCUUUGGCCCCAGAUGAGAAAGCAAACAGGAGCCUCCUCCCAGCUGUUGGAUCACCUGGACCCACCAAGCCUUCCCGUUCCAGCGUGGGCAAACAGAGAGCCAAGUCAUUUUCUGCUGCCGACCUCACUCGCUCUGAAGGACAGAGAAGGAACUCUUUCCGGAAGCUGCUGGACCUUAAACUCUCUGUGAAGAUGUUGCCCAAGCUGAUUGUAAAAGGAGGCCAGAGACCAGACUGCCUUGCAUCUGAAACAGAACAAUGUGUGGACGGGGACCAAGAUGGACCUCAGGACUUCACAGAGCAUCUUGGAAUUCACACGCAGGUUGCACGCAAGUCCUCCUGCCCGCCGCACAUUGGAGUGGAGCAAAGUGUGGAUGGAGAUGAUUUUUCUCAAGAUAUGGAACAAGCUCUCGAGUAUGAGAACAUCCCUCACUAUGAGGAGAUACAGGACUACAUGAAUGUGCCUAUGGUUAGAGCAAUGGCAUCCCCACAAGCAAUGCAGCCACCGGCCUGGGAGACCUCCAUGUAUGAUGAUGAGAACAUUUAUGAGGAGCAGGAGCCAUAUGUGCCCCUGGAGAAAAAUACUGGACACCAGCAAAAGCAUAGUGGCAAUGAGAGAGGCUCUGGUAAUGAGGAGGAGGAGGCACAGCUGGAUGAUGUGCCCUCCGAUGAUGACAUCAUCAUGUCCCACAGCUCAGAUGAGGAGGAUGAGGACGAUGGCAGUUCCACCUCCAGUAAAGGAGACUCUGAGCAGCCACAGGCGAGGGCGACUGAGAGUGGAAUGAAGAAGAGCAAGAUACACCACAUCGCCACAGAGAUCAUGAGCUCAGAGAACGUGUUUGUUGAUGUCCUGAAGCUGCUCCACAUCGAUUUUCGGGAUGCGGUGUCCAAGGCGUCUCAGCAGAGCGGGAAGCCUGUGAUUGAGGAGCGGAUUCUGAACCAGAUCCUGUACUACCUUCCCCAGCUCUACGAGCUCAACCAAGACUUGCUCAGAGAGCUCGAGCAGAGAGUCGCCAAAUGGGACGAGAAUGCCCAGCUAGCGGAUAUUUUUGUAAAGAAAGGGCCCUAUCUGAAGAUGUAUUCCACAUACAUCCGUGAGUUUGACAAGAAUGCGGCGCUACUGGAAGAGCAGAGUAAGAGGAACCCAGCAUUCGCCGGAGUGGUGCGGGAAUUUGAGGCCAGUCCACGCUGUGCCAACCUGGCUCUGAAGCAUUAUUUACUGAAGCCUGUUCAGCGGAUCCCGCAGUAUCAGCUGCUGCUCACAGACUAUCUUAAAAACCUGCCUCCAGACUCAGUGGAUUACAAAGACACACAAGCUGCCCUUGGGAUAGUGAAAGAGGUUGCCAAUCAUGCCAAUGACAUCAUGAAACACGGGGAUAACUUCCAGAAGCUGAUCCAGGUGCAGUGCAGUCUGAAUGGCCACCAUCAGAUAGUCCAGCCUGGCAGGGUCUUCCUGAAAGAAGGCAUCCUGAUGAAGCUGUCCAGGAAGGUCAUGCAGCCCAGAAUGUUCUUCCUGCUCAAUGACACGUUGCUUUACACCACCCCUGUUCAACUGGGCCAGUAUAAACUCAACAAUAUGCUAUCUCUGGCUGGAAUGAAGGUUAGCAAGCCAAGCCAAGAGGCCUAUCAGAAUGAGCUAAAUAUUGAGAGUGUGGAACGUUCCUUUAUCUUAUCUGCAAGCUCUGCGACAGAACGAGAUGAAUGGUUAGAGGCCAUUUCUGUGGCAAUCAGCGACUACACCAAGAAGAAGAUCAGCUUUAUAGCUGGCAAAACCUUAGACGAGACUGAACCAAGAGAUAGAAGCAGCGGGGCUCCUUUGGGAUCCAAAGCCCCUAUAUGGAUCCCUGAUCCACGAGCCACCAUGUGUAUGAUCUGCACCUGUGAUUUCACCCUGACGUGGAGGAGACACCACUGCCGUGCAUGUGGAAAGGUGGUGUGCCAGUCAUGUUCAUCCAACAAGCACUGUCUUGAAUAUCUAAAGAACCGCUUAGCACGUGUGUGUGACCAGUGUUUUGUAGUUCUCCAGCAGCAGAAAAGUGAACAAGCCCAGUCACCAACUCCCUCCCCUGGUAACAGGUCUGCCUUUGCUUUCUCCAGAAAGCAGAAGAAGAUACCUGCUGCCCUCAAAGAGGUGACAGCAAACACAGACAACUCCUCCAUGAGCGGUUACUUGCAGAGGUCAAACGGCAAAAAGAAGCAGGGGAAGAGGCUGUGGUUUGUCAUCAAGGACAAGGUCCUUUACACAUACGCAGCAAGUGAGGAUGUAGCAGCCUUGGAGAGCCAGCCCCUCCUGGGAUUUAUACUGAAGGAGGAUUCAUCUCAGAAGUUACAGUUCAAGCUCUACCACAAAAACACACUUUACUACAUUUUUAAAGCUGAUGACAUCCAGACAGCCCAGAGAUGGAUUGACACAUUCAAAGGUGCCACGGUGCUUUAAAAUAUGCAAACAAUAUGAAGUUUGUUCUCAGCGAGCUAUUUGACCUUUGGGAAUGUCAAAAUGUUGUUUAGAGUCAUGACAAAACUUAGAAUGAAACAAUUUACCUCAGUGCUCUCUGAAUACUGCACAAGAUGAAGGGCUAUAUUGCAAUGAAGCGCAGUGUUUUGUUUUUAGCAGAUUUUGCCACCUUGGACUUUGAUUAUUUAUAGAGCAUUCAUCUGUGAUUGUGUAGAUUAAUUUUAAUCUUUGUAAGUAUUUAUAUAUAGUUUCAGCUACAUCUUGCCUGGCUAAGAAUCAUACCACAAUCACCUGUUCUUUUUCAGAGUGUUGUGCUUUGAUUUCAAGUCACAAUAUUGUAAUUUCUUUUUCCAGUAACUUGCCUGGUCCUACUGUAUCAUAUUUUAUUAUUAUAGCUGUGCACGGAUUUGUACACUAAUUAAGAAAGAAGGUGGUCAUAAUGAUUAAUGUCUCACAAAUCACAUGUAGAGCUCAGUAGAAAUCACUCAGAUGUUUCUUGCUAGAAAUAAUUAUUUUAUUGCUCCCAGUCCCAUAAAACAAUUCAGUUAUAUGGUUUGAAAUGUUGGCUACAAAACACAUCAAGUGCACUUAUGCUGCUUACGGAAGACAUGUUUCCUCUUUGCAUAUUAUUAAGGCUCGCUAUAAUUUUAUAUUGCACAUAGCCUGAGAGUAUCAAUUGUUUACUUGGGGACUAUCAAUACUGUUGUGAUACACAAAACCACAUUAUUGCACUUUGGUCAGGUUCUUUCACUCAGUCAUAGAGUAGCCCAUGGAUCUCCAGUGAAGCCUUAUUGUAUCUGUGUAAAUACGUUUUAUUGAAGUGUUAAAUGAAAUGCAAUGUAACUCAAUCAAAUGGACAAUGCUAUUUUUACUGUUUUCCUUACUUAACUGUAAUAAAUACUGUUAACCAUG